GUGGCAUUCAGUGCCGUGUGGGGCAGAGGUCUGGACCUGCUGCUGGCUGCCAGUGUCACUUGGAUGUGGAACCACGGUGAAAGCAAGGUGAUUCAUCGAUUACACGUUUGUAAAGGACAACAAGAAGUUGUCGUGUCGAUGGAAAGGUUGUCUCCGUGUGUCUGUGGUCUUCAAAUGCUGCCCUGAAUCCUCACCUGAGAACAGAAUGAUGAACGAGCAAGAGGAAGAGGAAUUCAUCACUGUGAGGGUGCAGGAUCCACAAAUUCAAGAUCAGAAUUCUUGGGCGUCGUAUGUGGAUUAUAAAAUAUUCCUCUAUACAAACAGCAAGGCGUUCACUGUGAAAUCCUCCUGUGUGCGAAGACGGUAUCGGGAGUUUGAGUGGCUGAGACGCCGGCUGCAGAAGAAUGCUGGACUAGUAUCUCUCCCAGAACUGCCGGGCAAGAAAGCAUUUCUCCAAGUUAAUGACACUGAAGCUAUAGAGAGGAGGCGACAGGGUUUGCAGCAAUUCCUGCAGAAGGUUCUACACACUACGAUCUUCCUGUCAGACAGCCAGCUGCACCUCUUCCUGCAGACCCAGCUGCCGGCGGGCCAGAUCGAGGCGUGUGCCCGGGGCCACACUCCCUUCACCGUCACCGAGGCCAUUCUGGACAGCGCCAUGUGCGGCAAGAACAUCCCACGUGGAGCCGAGGCUGAGGGCGAGGUACUCGGCCCCCUGGGCUACGAGUGUGGGAGCUCGCCCUGUCGCACUGUGGGGAACAACGAUGGCAGCAGCAGGGCCAGGGCCAGGGCAGCUGAACCCUUGCAGGAGGCCGCCGUGUCCGGGAGGACAUGAGGAGCAGACUGGAGGGAACCACUCCCUGCCUGGUUGUCAACCCACCCCUGCCCCCCCUGGGCCGCUGCGAUGUCCUCACACACUCUCCUCAUUAGUGACCGCACCCACCGGCUGGGAGGCAGCGAGCCGGAGCCGGAGCAAAGCAGCACGAGAACACUGGCCCAUCAGACCGGCACCAGCCGUUUCUCAGCAGCACCACAGUAAAGAGAGUCGGCGAGGCAGCUCGCAGCAUUCCAUCGGCUCCUUGUACUGCGGGCUGCUCCUGGCAGUGGGAGAUCACCCCUGUAGGCCGGUACCCCCUGUUCCAGGCGGGAUGAAACUUUGCCUCCGGGCGGGAUCGGCCCCAGAGUUCUCCCGACUAUCCUUCCGCUCCCUCGCAAUCCCCAAAAACAUUCCUCAUUCUCACUCCUCCCUGACCUGUUCAGCUCCGCUUUAGACACUGAAAGCUGGAGUAACUCAGCGGGACAGGCAGCACCUCGGGAGAGAAGGAACGGCUGGCGUUUUGGGUCGAGACCUUUCUUCAAUCUGAGAGUCAGUGGG